CUUCAAUAUGGAUCGCCGCCGUCCGCUUUCACAAAAAGAGCUGGAAGCGCUUAUUGAAGAUAUUGAAGAAAUCUCAGAUUCGGAACCAUUUUCUGCUGACUCCAGUGACAAUUAUGAACCAGAUUCCGAUGAAGAAGCAGGCAGUGAUACGUCCGAUAUGUCUAACUCAGACAUCGAUUUUGCGCCUUCACCACAGGUAACUGUUGGUAGAAACCAAGUUCUUGACUGGGUCAUUCCUGAUGAAACAUUUGCGCCUGCUAAAAUCCUUCCUCCCGAAAGAGAAUGUAAGUUGGCACCAGAUAUCACCAAGCAGUUGACACCUAUGCAGAUUUUUCAUAAAAGAUCGAUGCAUGACUUUGAGCUCAAAAAUGUACUUUGCUUUUCCUCAGAAACCCCCAAAUGCAAAACAUAUUAUAAUGAAGAUUUGUUAUCUCGUUUCAAAUACACGUUUUCAAAGUGUCGCCAGGAUAGCCAGUAUCAAAGUAUUGACGAAUCUAUGACCAAAUUCAAGGAUCCAUCUUCUUUGAAACAAUAUAUGCCCCUCAAACCAACCAAGAGGGGCAUAAAACUAUGGCUUCGCUGCGAUGCAGAUUCGGGCUAUACGUAUGAUGUUAAUGUAUAUUCUGGAAAAGAGGACCCAAUUCCCGCCAAAAAUCAAUCACUGACUCUGGGAGAGCGAGUCGUAACAGCCCUUGCGUCUACAGUCAAAGAAAAUAAUGUAGUGUUAUGUUUUGAUCGCUUUUUUACAAGUGUGAAUUUAUUACUUACACCAGACUAUGCAGCCUUGGGAACUUGCAUGUCCAAUCGCAAGAACGUAUCAACUAUGGGAGACAAACUGCAAAAAGGGGAAUCUCAAUUCAAAUGCACUUCUUCGGGAUUACUUUGUGUAAAGUGGCAGGACACAAAGGAAGUUUUGCUGAUGAGUAACUGUCAUAAGCCCAAUUUGACAACAAUUAUCAAAAAAAGCAAAACCGGUGAACAACAAAAUAUCCAAUGUCCAGAGGCCAUAUCUUUUUACAGAAAAAAAUGCAAGGGGUUGAUAGGGCAGAUCAGUUCAUUGGGCUAUAUGAUCAUGACCGAAAAUCAGCAAAGUGGUGGAAAAAGGUGUUCUACACAUUGCUCAAUAUGUGUGCAGUAA